GGCAAUUUGGAGCUGAAAUUUGCUGUUCCCGGCAGUUUCCCGAUCAAUCAGCCAAGAUGCAGAACGAAGAAGGUCAGGACAUCGAUCUCUACAUCCCAAGGAAAUGCUCUGCCACCAACAGGCUGAUUACCUCCAAGGAUCACGCCUCCGUCCAGGUCAACGUUGGUCAUUUGGAUGCCAACGGUCGUUACACCGGCCAGUUCACCACUUAUGCUCUGUGUGGCUUCGUGCGAGCUCAGGGUGAUGGAGACAGUGCCCUGGACAGGCUGUGGCAGAAGAAGAAGGCCGAACUGCGCCAAUGAUUUUAGUCGCCAUUUGAGAACCAUCAUUUUCUUGUUGAGCGAGCGGAAUUGUCUGUAAUGGGAUGAUAUACUCUUUUGUUGCAAUUUUGUGGAUUCUGCUUCGAUGGGUUGAUGUUUCAUUCGACAUAUGAAAGUUGCUGUUUCAUUUGACUAAUUGCUUGUGGAUGAAACUUGGUACUCACUUGUUUACGUCCUCCCUUAUCAUGUGCAAAUCCCUCGAUUGGUUUCGUGGCAGUUUGAUCCACUUUCUAUCUUUUGCACGUAGUGUGAGCUACUGUUUGCUCAUUUUACCUAUUUGCAAUGUUGUUAGAAUCGA